AUGACUAGACAAACUUACUUAGAUGCUAUCAAGGAUAAAUUAUAUGGGGACUCUGCCGUUGAAAAAUUUGGUGUGUUGCUUAUCCUGCUUUGA